UUGUUGUCCCUAUAGGGGCAGAGGGGAUAUGGGAAAGGGGCCUGUCAGCCUUCCUAGAGCAGCCGCUCCCCCAAUCUCCAGCUGACUAUUAACAAUAAGACACUCCGCUAUUUCUCAGCACAUCUCAGCAUGGCACGUUACAAGCAUCUCCAUGCAAGAAGUCGGAACUCCCUAGACUUACUUCAACUCUCAGCUUUUGUUCCCGAAACAAAACCUGCUUUGGAUAAGAAAGAACACCUUUAUUUGCUGUCAGCUCCUUAUGUAUCUCUGGGAGGACUUUCGCCAAAUGAGAAGGAGAUAGCUAAGAUUUCAGUACCCUUGAAACCAAGUUGCUUCCGCAAGCAAGCUGGACUCACCAAUCGUUGGCAAUUUCCAUUCAGCCCAAGUUGUGACCUGCUAGGAAUCUCACAGGCUAAUAAAGCUGCUCGAGUUGGUCUCAAUGAGACUCUGAUGAGAAUAAUGUCAGCUGACACUCCCGUGUCCCUGGCUGCAGAAAGAGAGGCUUGGAAAGCAAGAACGGACUUUCAGAAAGAGUCUAGUGGGCAUGCAUUUUCACUUUUGCCUCCAAAAUCCAAGUCCAAACAAAGAUUCUUCACCCUGGAAAGAGCUCCACAUGAAGAGCUUUUUUCUUAUACCCAGAAGAUGACAGAAGGCAUGGAGCCAGAUGUAACAUUGGAGUGCUUGGGCUUCCAGUGGGAACUUCAUCGCAUGUACUUCUUUAAAUCUCAUGUCCUCUCACAGCUUCUUGCUUCAGCUGUACAAAACAGUUACUCCUACAGCAAGGAAAAAGAAACCAAAACAAAAAAAGAACCCAGAUGUUAUAAACGACGUCUACUAGAUAUCCUAAAAGAUAAAACACUCUGUGAAGAAAAGCGAAAACUACCCAAAGUCACAAUUGUCUUGGAUAUUACUGAUCCAGAUGUCACUCGAUUUGCUUUUGCUAUUGCGCUCAAGAAUUUAUACCACUCUGAGCCAGAAGUGAAUGAAGAUGAUAUUCUGGGAAUCCUGGCAACAGCAUCAGUAUUAGAGUUCCCUACCCUUUUCCAGAAGUGUGUACACGUCAUGCAAAGUAACAUUCGUACAUCCAAUGUCUGUAGCUAUUAUUCUGCAGGCUGCAAGUACAAGCAGAACGCCUUGAUAAUGGAUUGUGAAAGAUGGAUAGAAGUCAACCUUGUCCCACAGCUCGGCUCUCAGAUUCACCUCCGGAAGCUGCCACUAGAACUCCUGCAGAAAGUGCUAAAAUCUUCAAGGUUAUUUACUUUCAAUGAAUUCCAUCUCUUGAGAACUGCACUAUGCUGGGUCUUCUUACAGCAAAACCCCAAAAUCCAGAUAAUUCCAUCUUAUGAUACUGUCCUCACAUAUUUUAGCAGCUUACCCAAGAUAUGUGCUUUCCUGGAAAGGGAAAUAGGACAGCAAUACGUCGCUAUUUUUCAGUCCCUUCGUUUACAUGGCAUCACUUCAAGUAAGCACCUGGAGGAACUAUGGGAGAUUAACUUUCUUCCUCUACCAUGGCUGACAAGAAUUUUGUCCGAUCAUUACCAUGCACUGGAGAAUGGUGGAGACAUGUCAUUCCAGAGGGACUUUAACACUCAGGCAGUGAGAUUUGGUCUGGUGCUUACACAGGAGCCAAGAUACCAUGCAGAAAUAAUUUCCAUAUAUGGAUUCUUCUUUGAGAUAAAAGCAGUAAGACAUGAAACUUCAGCAUACAGUUUUUACAUGCAGAGAGUCAAACAUGCAGAUCCAAUUAUAUCUUUUUUUACUGCUGAACGCAGCCCUGUCAGCUUAAAGCAGGAGCGUGAAGUAAAGUAUGAAAUAAAAGCGCAGUGCCAGAUAGAUGGGAAGUGGCACGAGUUCACUACUGGGAGACUUACUCAAAGGUUUGGAGUUACAAAACCUGCCUGCAAAAGCAAGGUCUUGAAAGCGUACAUACCGUCUGUCCCCAUCUAUGUGACAUAUUCUCUUCUUUUCCCAUCCUCCAUGGGAUAAAAGACAACAAGCAAUUUGGUCUCAUCCCUUGAAGAACUUGUUUUGGCACUGGACAAGAAGAACUAGCAGAGUGAGCAGCACAUACUUAAGGGCUUGAGCUGCUCAGGCAGGUGACAACAUUUGCCAUGACAUGAAAAUAAAUGGCACCCUUUCCUCA